AUGUAUCAUUUAAAUUUCUUUGUUGAUACAUUUUUAUUCCUCAUCAUAUUAACUUCAUCAUUCGGUCAAGAAACCGAUGAUAAUGAAACCAAUGAUAAUUCCAAUUUUUCACCGAAUAAUUCCAAUUUAACAGAUACCAAAGAAUCCCCUCUCACAUUGCCAUUUGAUAUCAGCGUUUCACAUCCUUUAUCUAACAAUGUGAUAGUAUUGAUAAUAUUUUUAAUCAUACUCGUUGUUAUGUUAGUCGGAUGUAUUUAUAUUGUAAAAUAUAAAUCUUAUUUGUUUACAAGGUUUACACCGGUUCCUACGCAACCUAAAAAUGUCGAUCAACAUAAUUUACCGAUAGUGGAGAAACCUCUGCGAGUUUUAGAGUCAAACCGCAACAACACCAACACGAGUUUCGAAAAUAGCUUCUUGGAUGAUACGUCAAAGAAUUCCUUUAAUUCAACUCGAUUACACGCCAGAACUUCAAUGGAUCAUCAUAGCAAUGAGGAGGCAGCUUCUUUGGUCGUCAAUCACCCUUCUACCACUUCCUUGCCACCAUCAGAUUACACAAAGUGA